CUGAUGGAACGUUAUCUGCGCCAACCCAUUGAUAACGCACCUUACUCACUUGCGAAGAAUUAUGUACUUUGUGUCAUUAGUCGAUUUGUUGUUAACUUAAAACAAUUGUUUUUGCAUCGAAAACGAGGGGAAUUUUCAGAACCCUUUCACAUAAUGUUAGUGACGUUCAAAAGGAAGCGUGCCGAGUGGUGAAAGUGUUUUGACAAGUUCUCAAGAAUGGACGUCCUGGAUGGAGUUCCCAAACAUGUUUUGGGAUACAAAAUUCAAACACGAGAAAAGAUAUUAUUCACGUUUUUAGUUCCGGCUAGUUUGGAGUUAGUGGCGUAUCUAAUCCAAUUUCUAGCGGAUAUCGGUGUGACAAUCCAGCUGUUCCGCGAUCAUGAGGAUACCUAUGCAUGGCUUACCCUAAUGUUAGUGUUAUUACCGCCAAUUGUAACAUUCAUUAUAAUUAUUACGUCACCUUGGCAAUGGCCGGAAUCGAAAGGGUGUAACGCAGAAUCGGCAAAGUUUUUGUUCAGACAAAUACUCAAUGUGACUUUAUUUCCUAUUGGUACCAUACUGAGGUUUUGUCGGAGAAUAUUUUGGUCUGUGGAAUCGCUUUUCCAUGAUGACGACACUUAUGAGCGACAUCAUAGUCUGCUUAAAGCAGCUGAAACAUCGCCAUUUGAAUUAUAUCGGUUCACACAAGCUUACUUUCAGGCCGCUCCUCAAGUCAUUUUGCAACUAUUCAUUUUACUAAGAAAGGAUAUAUUUCGGAAUUAUGAGACAACCAACGUCCAGGUGCUCAGCGUGGUCUUCUCUCUCGUCAACAUCGCUGUAAUAACCAUGUCCUAUCAACGAUUUGAAAGUCAAAAGGUCGUCGGACGACAUUAUCCAUGGUCCACAAACCAAUACGUGCAACAUCGUAGAAGUAAAUUCCAACGGACUCGUAGUCUUACGGAUGAGCUGAUAAAAUCGAAAAAAAGAUCCGCUGAAAUUUCAAGAACAUUCCCAGAAAGCGAACAUAUCAUGCAGAAAUUUCAUUCACAACUUUCUCAACCCAAGGAGCCAACUAAUUCCACAGGAGUAGAAGCACAGGAUAAUGCAUGGAUUUUUCAACGUCCGGGAACAAGUACACAGAGUGGAAAUUUGACUGCUAGCCAAAAUGUCGCCGGCAGAGAAUCAGCAGACAAUAUCCUUGAAGGAGUCGAUGAAUUAGAUGUUGCAAGACGCCGAAGUAUUCCAGAAAGCGAUUGGAGUACAAUUGAAUCAGCCUCGGUCGAUGGCGAGAAUAAUCCAGCUCUAAGACGUCAAGGAAAUGCAAGGCAGAUAAGAGUACAAAGCAUGGGAUCUGAUUAUGUUCCAGAUAUUCCGCCGCCAAAACCGCCUAUGGCAGCGGGAGGAGGAGUUGAUGGCGCGGAGGGGAAAGGACUAUCUUUUAAUCCACUUAAUAGAUUAUCUCAAUACGCCGACAUGCUAGUACUCAAUGCUGAAAUGUACAUUAAAGAGCAUGUACCACGUCCCCCACGUAUUCUUAUUGAACGCGUUCUAAGUCAGGAGGAAAGAGAUAAAACCUCCUCGCAAUCUGGAAGGGAUAAUACUAAUGACAUGAUACGUGGCAGCUAUGCCAGUCAAAUGACAAAUCCAAGAACGGAAGCAUCCUUGGCGAGAGACAUAAUAUCCCAUCAGACAUCUGCUCCAUUUCAAGCAAAGACGGACCCGGAAGCGAGUGCGGGACAACGGGAGGGAACCCUGGCUAGUGGUAGCACGGCAGGUGGGACUGUUGGUGGCCAUGACGAGUUGGAUUUUUUCCUACCCACUCGAAAGAAAAUGAUCGAAGGUGUCGAACAGGAUGACUUUGCGGGCAAAUUUGUUUCAUUUUUCGGAUGGAUCCUUUUCAUCUAUAUGCGAAUGAUAUCGUUGUCCGUAUUUUCUGUUUUUUAUCCUUGGGAAUUUCUUUACCUUAUUGGUGCCCAUUAUGGCUUAAUGCUACUUUGCUUAGCCAUCGAAAGUCGUCUUCAGGACAAAUACGAACGUAUCCUUUUUUAUUUUUGCUUAGCCUACAUAUAUAUUUUCGUAAUAUUGGAAUUCAAAAUCAAAUUUCGACACGUUCGCCGUAUGUAUAUUGGAUACUUUCUGCUAGUUUUGCUAGAAAAUUUUAUCAUUACGUUUGUAUGGCAUGGGACGGGGGAGUUUUAUUCAUGGGUUUAUGAUUUCCUCUUCACUUCAAGCAUGAUAAGCGGCGUGUUAACUUUAAUGUGUAUGAUUGUGUAUUACUGCAUCCUACGACCAAAUGAUGUUAUACUUUUUGAGGACGUUGAAGAGUCGUAAGAGCAUAGAAAAUGACAUAGUUAAGAUGCAAUUUUUGUAAGUAGCCAUAAGAAUCUAGCAAUAAAGUUUCAAGUUAAUCUGCUUGUUUUUGUG